AGAUUUAAAAAUAAUAACUUCGGGGGGCCAACUUCACGGAGGUCCCGAUUGCACCUUCCGACAGCACAAAAAGAAUGUCCGACAACGAAUCACGAUAUACGACUCACCAACGACCCAUUGUAGAACCGGCCUAAGGCCGUGCCUGGGCCAUUGACGGAAGAAAUUAAGGACUGUUACUCGUGGGUAAAUUCGGAGCUAAUACUCGGUGGGUAAAUGGGCCUGAGACCAUGAAAAGAAGUGUUAACGAUCAAUCCGGUAGUUUCUUUAUCGGCGGAAACCAGCAUUAGCACGCGAGCUUGUAAGUAGCAUGCAAAACCUCAUGAGCAACGCCAUGGGUAACCGGUUUAAACUGUACUUUAGUCAAUGCCCGGGCGCUCAACUGAAUAUUUGCACCAGUCCAAGCUAUGCCGACUAUUGACAUACUGAUAAAUACAUAUAUAUAUGUGUGUGUCAUACCGUACCUAGGAUACAAGUGUCAUCUAUGUAAAGCGAUUUAUGCAAUUGACCACUGUCAUUAGGACCGGCGUUCGAAUAAACGAAUUAGUUGUUGAGAAUCGUGAAAAUGAAGUAUGAUGUUCCGUUAAAAUAUGUCAAACCGAGUUAAUCUUAUAUCGAGAUGCAAUAUAGAUAAUAAGAUAACUUAGUUAUCUAAAUCGAAAGAUAGGUUAGGUAUAUCACUGGAAGUUGGAGUUGCGAGCAUGCACCGUUGGCUAUCUUCACCGCAGGCUACGGGCCGCGCAGCAGGGAGAGGAGAAGCUGUUUCACAACGACAGGGGAACUAGCGUUCACUACACACAUACCUACGUAACGUGAAAUUCUAUCUGCUGAACGUACCUAAAUGCGGGUGUAUUCUACCAGUUUAGAGCGUUGGUCGAUAUACGUGUACGCGGCAUGAGUUAGCAAGUCUUGUGAACAACCUAGCUAUGUAAAAUUUUGGAAAAGUUGCGACCUCACGGCUUUACGAAUCUUAUCCAAUGAGGUUUGUUCAUUACAACGACGAUCAGCCACCCCUCGCUGCCUUCUACUUUCGUCAUAUAGCUCACCGCGCAACGGAUACUUACCAGAUGAAGAUAAUGUCUGACGAUGAAGUCACUAUGGAUUCAAUGGACACAGAGGAGGAUAUUUUUACACCUCGUAGUCGUAGCCUUGGCUCUGUAGCUAGAAAAUCUAAGAGUCUACGAACACUUCGAUCACGUGUCCCGUCAAGUCCACUCCUCAACCGCAAUGUUUCCAGUGUCAGGCGGAGUACAAGGAAUAGAAUGCAAACUUACGAUAAUCUGAAUACUAGCUGGAUCCUAGGUACACAAACUCUCAAAGGUUAUCCAAUGUUUCGACAACCAGGCUCAUCAUCUGAUAAAGAAAUGGUUGAGGAAGUGAAUGAACGGAAGCGUGAAUUAAAACGAAGGAUACCUUUGAAAUCGCGAGAAAAUCAUCCGCUGAACAAAGGUCCUACCAGGCACAUUAGAGCGCUGCGUGAUCGAGAGCUUCGAGACAGACCAGAUCGUAGCAAGGAACUUAGGGAAAGACAAGAACGUGAUAAAGAAUCAAGAGAUAGGCCAAAUAUAGAUAAGGAAUCUUUAGAGAAGCACGAGCAGGACGAAGAAUCUAGAGAUGGUGCAGACUCGGUUACGGAGUCGAAAGAAGGGCCAAGACAAGAUGAAGACAGAUCUGAAAAAGAACUGAAAGAUAGAGGAGAAAAAGAUUGUAGAAAUAAAACUGAACUGACUGCUGGACAUGAUGAAAAAGAAAUUAGGCGGCAUAUACUUUGCAGAAGGACCAAGUCUCUCGGUUCACCUAGGCUUAGAGAAGGCCCUGUGACCAGAUAUAUGUUGGAAAAAGAUGAAAAACCGAAAGCAGAACAGAACGACGAUGAAGACAGUUCUCAAGAGAGUCACAAGCCACAUAACAAUGACAAUUCUGAUAAUGAAGAUGGUUACGAAGAUAUGUAUACAAGAAUAAAAAGAACCAAAAGAGCCACACAGCGCCAACUACAAAGGGAUAAAAAAUUAGUGGAGGAGAGUGAUCUAAGUGAGUCGUCAGACUCUCCAGGACCUCGAAAGUACAGCUUACGGCAAAAAAAACCAGCGGUCGAUAGAUUUCAAGCUAGUGUUGAACCGGUGCAAAGAUCAUUCCGCGUAUUGAGAAGUGUACUCACUAAUUCAAUGAGAAGAUGUAAACACAGGGGUAAGACCACCAGCUCUAGUGAUUCAAGUGAUUCUGAACCACAACGGUAUGAUAAGAAAAAAGGGAAAAAAGCACGGCAAUCAGCAAUACCGCAAGGUGGCCCACCGGAUCGCAAAGCUGAUAUUGAUCCCAUCACAGUAGAUACUAAUAUAACAUUCAAUGAUGUCGGAGGUCUAGAAUCACAUAUUCAUUGCUUGAAAGAAAUGGUGGUCUUCCCAAUGAUUUACCCUGACGUUUUUGACAGAUUUCAUAUUACUCCGCCGAAAGGGGUAUUAUUCCAUGGUCCACCAGGUACUGGUAAAACGUUGAUUGCCAGAGCACUAGCCAAUGAGUGCAGUCAAGGCAGUCGAAAAGUUUCAUUUUUUAUGCGAAAGGGUGCAGACUGCUUGUCAAAAUGGGUAGGCGAGUCUGAACGUCAGCUAAGACUACUCUUUGAACAAGCACAGCAAAAAAAGCCAUCGAUAAUUUUCUUUGAUGAGAUAGAUGGCUUGGCACCUGUUAGAAGUACAAAGCAGGAUCAAAUCCAUGCCAGCAUUGUCUCUACGCUACUUGCUCUUAUGGAUGGUCUAUGCAACAGAGGAGAGGUUAUCGUAAUUGGUGCGACAAACAGGAUAGAUGCAAUAGAUCCGGCACUGCGCAGACCUGGUCGAUUCGAUCGUGAGUUAUUUUUUCCAUUACCACCAAGGAAGGAAAGAUUAGAAAUUCUCAAAAUACACGUUAGUAAAUGGGAGAAUCCACCAUCUCCACAACUGCUGGAAGCCUUAGCUGAGAAAUCUACUGGAUAUUGUGGGUCUGAUCUGAGAGCUCUAUGUACUGAAGCAGUCUUGCAAGGAUUGAGAAGAACAUAUCCCCAAAUAUACAUGACCAGUGACAGGCUUCUUUUGGACCCAACGCAGGUCGAGGUAAAAAAACGAGACUUCGUACAGGCCAGCUCUAUUCUUGUUCCUUCGUCACACAGAGUAGCUCCAUGCGCUGGAAGAAAGUUGCAGCCUUUUUUGGAACCAUUGUUAAAUCCUGCCUUAGAAACAAUACUCGAUACUAUAAAAAGGACAUUUCCACAGGGUAUCAAACCAGCAAUGGCAAAGAUAAAAAUAGUCAGAGGUAUUCAUCGGCCACGAUUAUUAAUUGCUGGUGGAUAUAAGGCAAAGGGACAAGGACCUCAUCUUGCGCCAGCAAUCCUGUAUCGAAUGGAACACUUACCAGUACAUACUCUUGACGUUAGUACGCUUUUUGCAGAAACUGCAAGGUCGCCAGAAGAAGCUUGUGUGCAGGUAUUCAACGAAGCAAGUAGAAAUGUACCUUCUAUUAUUUAUAUCCCAGCUAUUGAUCAAUGGUGGCCCCUUGUCCCAGAAACAGUGAAAGCAGUUUUUCUAUGUCGAAUUAUGGCCCUGGAUCCAACAUUACCAAUUUUAAUAUUGUCAACGAGUGAUACCAUGUACGAAUGCUUGCCAUUGCACCUUCGAAACUUGUUCAGUAAAUUCCGUGGUGAAGUGUACACGAUGAGAAAUCCGAUGUCUCAACAAAGAGCGAAAUUCUUUAGACCAAUUUAUAUGGUACAAAGUCUUAAACCACCACCAAUUAAGAACAAUAAAGUUGCGGUACUGGAAAAAUUACCUUUAGCUCCAGAAUUUGUGCCAAAAAGAAUGACGGAGGAAGAGAGAAUAUCACUUUAUGAGAAAGAAGAAGCGUCACUGAGAGAGCUUAGGAUAUUUUUACGAGAGAUUUGUGCUAAACUUGCUAGGAACCGACAAUUUUUCAUGUUUACAAAGCCUGUGGAUACGGAAGAAGUUCCAGACUACAACAUGAUUAUCAAGCAACCAAUGGACCUGGAAACAAUGAUGACCAAAAUAGAUAUGCACUGUUAUUUAUGUGCACGGGAUUUCCUUGAUGACGUUGAUCUCAUUUGUAGAAAUGCACUGGAAUAUAACCCGGACAGCUUGCGCGAUAGGCCAUCCCUUGGAAUAUUGAAGAGGGAUCCAGCAGAUAAACUCAUACGGCAUCGUGCGUGUUCCCUUCGAGAUAAUGCUUACGCACUUAUAAAAGCUGAAUUAGAUUCAGAUUUUGAAGACAAAUGUCGAGAGAUAUCUAAAAAUCGUAAGGUUACUGAAAAUAUAGAUGGAGAUGCAGAGAGUAAAAGUUCGAAAACUGAUUCGCUGACAAAUACUGAAAAGAAUGAUAAAAAAGAGUCACUCACUCCGACCAGCGGAAUUAUGGUAAAUGGGAAAAAGUUUUCCACAUCCAGAAAACGUAGAAUACCUGCGUGGGCACGGGGGUAUGUCAAAAAAGUGCACAAGAAGAAAAAGAUUGCUUUUGACGACAUGACUACUGAAAUUGUACGUAAGUCAAGUGUCUCCAUGGAAAAUACAAGCGGUAUAGAUUUGGAAAAAUUCCAAGAAUUCGAAACUGAAGCGAAUAGCGUUCUGAAUGGAAAUGAUCCUCUGUUUAACAACUCUGAUUCGGACAAUGAUUUGCAAUUUGAUACACCGAAGGAUUCAUCACAGAGCAAUCACAACGAGGCUGAUAAAGAUAAAAAAAAUGAUGAGAUUAUUGAAAUGGAUGUAACGAUGGCGGACGAUCAAAGACAUGUAGAAAAUGAGGGAUCAAGUGCGUCAUCUAGACGUGAAAGUAUGGACGAGUUAUCAUUUGCCAUUGAGAGUGAUUCUAGUCCUACUAAGAAUGGGGUUAAUGAGAAAGUAAUAGUCGAUAAAAGUGAGCUCGAAACUGCAUUAAAACAUACUGUCGACAUAACAGAGGAUUCUCCGGUAGAAGUAUUAUGCGACAUCUAUGUACAAUUAAGUCGGUGUGUUGGCAAAUACACCCAUUAUUAUGAUAGAACUUCACUGCCAAAGGAUUUGCUCAAGGAACUGAAGCGAUUUGAAGAAUGUGAAACAACAGCUAUUCACAAUGAGGCCAUGAGCGUAGUACAUGCCACCGAAGUGGGGAGAUUCGAAGAGUGCGAAACAACAAUUACUUCUCAAGAAAUCGACAUUCUUAAAGUAACUGAUACGCUCCAGGUCUUAAAUUGAUGAUUUUCUUAAGACAUAUCAGUUCUGUUAACUUAUUACUAUUGAGUAUAUAACACAUGGAAGAUACCAAAUGACAAACAAGACAUGUGAUUCCGUCUUGGAUGGUUUAUAUGUAUACUUUGCCAUUACAACAGCUUGUGCACCAAUCUAUUGUAUAAAUUGUUUGUUUCAUUGUGAUAUUUUCUUGAAAUACGUUCAAUGUAGAGAGUAUACUUUCAAAUAGAUUUGAUAAUUUUAUCCUACAAAUACGUAUCUCUUUUUGAGUAGCGCAAUUACUUUUGUUUGACGUACAAAAGAAGAAUUGAAAAUUUUGUAACUAGAAUUGAAUUUCUGGCGCAUAAACGUUGCAUACAUUUAGGUUGUAUGGAUGUGUUGAUACAAACUGCAAUCAUUUCACAAACUAUCCAACUUAUAAAAAUAAUCUCUGUUUGGUGUCUAUGUAUUUUUAUUGAAUUUUCUCACAUUAAAUUGGAUGGUUUGGACAGGUAAAUUGUUGACUGAGGAAAUAAUUAUUAGAUUAGUCUCAUUUUUUUCACAAUUUAAAUUAUUGAAUAGUCUUUGCUCUCAUUAGAAAUAGUUAAGACAUUUAUAAAAUAAUUAAGCAGAUCACUGUCAAGCAGCAAGUCACUUGUUAAUCUCUCUUCAUACAUUCAUGUAUGCUGGAUUGAGGCACAUUUCUCUAAUUCUUUGGUGAAAUGAGUGAUUGUGUUGUACGUUCAUAAAGAGACAUAAGAAAUUCCAUUCUCUACUGUCUUCAUAUAACGAUGGCCAAUAACGAAGGAUGAUAUCUACGUUUUAUAGCUAAAUUUUGAAAUACAAAUAUAUAAAGUGUAAUAAGAUAUCUCGGUUGCACUUUGAGAUGCUCUCGUUUUCACAGUAUGCGGCGUAGAAGGUCCUCAAAAACACCUAGAGGAUUGUUUAAAAUCUCUACAUGCAAUGAUUCUCAGAAUUCUAGAAAAAAUGUACAAAUUGUAAAAUCUGAAAAAAGUACCAAACAUGCAGUGUUUUAUUCCAAUCAUUUUGGCGCAAACGAUGGCAAACGAUCUCUUCCUAACCUAGAACAUUUUUUAUAUGACUAAAGGGUGAAAAAAUGUUCAUAUUUUAUCAUGAUUUUAAUAAUUGAUUAUAAUAAUUAAAAAUUUUAUCUUUGUACAUCAAUUUUAAUAAUCUUGAUAAUACGUAACAAUAGCAUUUUAUCAUCUUUUGAUCGAAUGAAAAAUGUUGCAAGUUGGGAGUUCAUUUGCCAUCAUGGGUCUUGUACCGAAAUGAUUGGAAUAAAAUGCAGCAUGUUUGGUAUUUUUGCAGAUUUUACAACUUGUGGGGUUUUUCAUUUAGAUGUUAGGAGUUACUACUACACCUACAAACAUUUCGAGAAAAACAAGCCGUAUAAGAGUCAGGAUCUGUUCGACUUGAUAUGGAAUGCCCCACAUAUAUGUUCACAUUUAUAGGUGUUUCAUCAUUUGAAGUACCCUGGUUGAUUUUGACGUUACCGUAUAUACCUCCAAAUAUCAAAGCCCUUGUAUCUCAAACGUAAAAAAGAGUUUAACAAUCCCAUUCUAUACACAAUUCAAAACAAAAACACUCUAAUUCAAUUUUAUUUCUGUGUCAAUUGAAAAUAUAUUGGAGCAUAUUGGAGUAUUUUUGUUCAGAAUUGCAUAUAAAAUGGGGCUGUGAAUUUCUUUUUUGCGUUUGAGAUGCGCGGACUUCGAUAUUCGGAGACAUAUACGUCAACGUCGAAAUCGACCAGAGCACCCCUUAAACUGAAUAGAAUCAUUAUUUUUUUCUGAUAAUACAGUGUCGAAUGACUACACUUUUAACAGACAACGGAUGUUGAAUAGAAAAUGAUCUGAAAUAGAAAAUUGUAUCAAACCCACAACUAGCAUUCAUUUGUUGGGAGUCAAAAACUGAUUUCUUAAACUAAAGCAUAUGCUUCUCUGUUAGAAUGCAGUAACGCACUUCGUGUUAAUGGAAGCACACUACACGCAACACGUAAGAAAUUGAGCACAAAAAAUGCUGCUUAUGUUUGAAUUCAAUUCUCAAAUUUAUGAGUGAAAACGAGGCAUCUAAGCCUACUUGAUGUAGGUUAUCUACUGUACACGAUUAUAGUCACAACUUGUGUUUGUGCAAUUUUUACAGAAAGUUUUAACAAAGUCAGGGCUUUUGAGUAAGAAGUAUGAAGAGAAACGUUAUGACAAUAGAUCAGUUUUUACAGCUGAUAAAUAAAACUAAUGGAAUUAUUAAGUAGGCUCUGGUAACAAGCUAUUAAACUAACAAUGUAUUAUCACAGAAAGUAGUAUCCUAAUUGGUUUUAUACUGAGAAAAUGAUAUGUGUAUAUAAUACAGAGUAAUUAAUUUUGAAAAAUGAUUACACAAACGGUUUGUUGUUAUACGGUUUCGAUCAUUGCUAACAUCACUUUGAGUCUAAUCUUUCUUGUAGAUUACGCAAACAGAGUAGUGAUGUGUAAAUACCAUGAGUGACAGUAGAAAGAAUAUUAAUUUUUAUUAAAAACUUUGGAAGACCUGUGAAAAUGUGGUUAAGUACCCUGAAUUCAGGAAAGUUCGAUAGCAAUUACUUUGGGUAUUUUAAACAACAUUCACUUGUGUCUUCGUUAGAAAAUUCAUUAUUCUUUCAGUGAUAGUUAACACGAUUUAACUUAUAUAUAUUAAAAUUAUUUAAUGCGAUCAACAUUUGCGCACUGUAUAUAUUCUGACAGUUAUUUUUAAAAAAACGUACUUAAUUCGUAACGUUUUAUCGCAAAAUAACCAUGUUCACUGCGAUACUUUUUAGUUGAAAACACUGGCCUAGAAAUACAUGUGUCAUAUUACAAUGUGUGGUUGAUAUUAAUUUGCAAACAAUAUAUUUAAUUUGUGUGUUUCCAUAUUUUAGCAUUUAGUCUAAAAGACUGACUAAAUAUCAGUAAUAAUUCUUCAUUUUAUAACAAUCUUAUUCCAUUUAUAACAGGCAAUGAAAAUCGUCAAUUCUUUUUAGUUCUUUUUUUUCUACUCUCCUAUUCUAGCUAUUUCACUUCGAUAUUUUCAUUUCGUUAUUUAAUUUUCUCCUGUACGGAAACAUCAAGAAUAACAAGUAAAUAAAAUAUUGUCAACCCAUCGUAUAGGUCAGUUUUUCGCUGUUCCACGUCAACAUGUCUUGUAAUUAGAGAGAACCACAAAUACUUGUGUCAGUGCAUUAUACUGAAUAAAAAUAAUUAGAUGUAAAUUUAUACCUUAAAAUGUAAUUGGCAAAACUGACAGUGAAACGCAAACCAUUUAUAACUGUCAGAAUAUUGUUUAUAUUUACCUUUAACCAAAAUGCUAACAUCGAUGUUUCUAGCUUUGAAAUCAUAAACGUAGAACUUUAGCUUAUUUUGCUGAUGGUAAUGUACCUUAGUACUAUAUUUUAGCAAAAUAUUUUACAGCGAGCUAUGUUGAGAUAUGAGGUUCUUUGCUGUUUGUGAUUAUAUUAGUGACUAUACCGAAGAAUUAACUAUGCAAAGAAUUGUUGCGUUUAAAAACUUGUAGCCAUAUUUAUCAAAACAGUAAUCGCGUUUGCUUGUUAUAUGUAGUCUCUUCGAUAAUCUAGCAAAUUCAUAUACCUGUUCAUGAGAUAUUACUUUUCCUUAGUUUUCACGUAAUAAUUUACCAUUACAUAAUGUUACUUUCCAAAAUAAUGCGGUCUAAUUUUGACUGCACAAAAACCUCUCAAAUAUUUCUAAAAUUUCUUAAAUGCAAGAUUCUGACUUUCAGUUGAUACUUUGAUGAAAUACCCACUAUAUAAUUUCACCAGUAUGCAAAGCAUCAUUACAAUGAACAGAUGUAUGCUUGUGUAUUUAAGAUAUUGAUAGAAAAAAUGUCAUUGGUCAUUCCAGGAUUCAAAAUAUUAAUUUUGUAUGCGCUUAAUCAAAUUAUAAUUGAAUGUUUCAUUAAGAUUCAAUAAGAUAGUUGCUCAACAGUAAAUGCGGUAACAAAUUGAAGACUGACUUUAUCAAAAUUACUAUAAUAAUUUAUCAUCGUCAUUACUUUUUUCUAAUCAAAAUUUAAUUUCAUGUUCAUUACGAAUAUCCUGGAAUGAUAUUAUAACUUAACCAAAUUUACUAUACAUAACUUUGAAACAAGUUUUGUUGAAUCGACUGUUUAUAUACAUCUUUAUAUCUUUUUUUUUUUUUUAAAUCUUAUUUUUAUUUAAAUCUUAUCCCUGCCGCAGUAAAAGGGUGUCUACUUUCUGGGAAAAUUUAGAAUUGUCAAGCAAUUUUUGGGUUAAUUAUAGAAUUUUUUCGUCAAGUGUAUUCUUGGCAUUGGAAGCAAUUAGAAAUUGAAAAAACAGAUUAUUUCGUCUCAAACCUUCUAAUUCUCUUGCAUAAAAUAUGGAAUCUCACGAGGAUGUGCCAAAAAAAAAUUUUUUAUUUAUUUUUCCGCAUCAAAAUUUCGAUAGAUCUGAAAUCUCAAAUCAUCUCAAAUAGUAUAUCUCAUCCAAAUAUGAGUUCUUAACAUUGAUAUUGAGAGGAGCCUAUUUUGUUUUUUUCCUUUUCCACUUAAAUAACACAUAAAGGAAAUCGGAAAAUUUUUGAAUUUUUUUUUCUCGUAAACAGCUUGACUUACAAACGAUCUAAUACAGAUUCUAUAAAAAAGUACUGAGAUAGAAUUCUUCUAACUCUAAGCGAUUUAGAGAUAUUUGCAUAUGGCUGAAUGUUUAUAGGCGAAUAUCUCAUAACAAAAAAUUUUCCGAUUUCCUUUACGUGUCAUUUAAAUGGAAAAAGGAAAAAACAAAAUAGGCACCUCUAAAUAUCAAUAUUAAGACCUCAUAUUUGGAUGAGAUAUACUAUUUGAGAUACUCUAUCGAAAUUUUGAUGCAGGUUUGA